UAUUUCUGAACAACAAACUAAUAUUCUUAUUUGCCGCGUGAAAUUUAACAAAAAAGGCUUAAAAAAGCGAAAAAGUAAUACUAAGUAAGCUACUAAGUUGUUUGAGCAUCUAGUCUGCCGACGCUUCAAAAAAGGAAAAUGUCGCUUCCGCUAGACGCGGGUGAAAUCCUCACCCAUUUAAACCAGCUCGGUUAUCGUAAUAUAUCGGCAGAACAGCUAAAAGAGUUUCAAAAAGACCUGCAAAAACUCAUCAAAUUCGACACACAAAUUUACCGCGGCGUUCCGGAGCCACCGCCAGAAAAUGUGUUUGAGCGGUUACACACCGAAAAAACCAUCAGUUACCGGGCGAAGCAGGCCCGCGCCUCAAAGAAGACUGAAGUAAUCGAUUCUUCCGACAAAGAGAACCAGGCGGAAGCCACCAACAAGACUGCUACUGCUGCAUCUGCUAGGUGUAAGGACGACAAAUCUACCAAAAUGUGGAUACGGCCGAAGAGCAGCCAAUCGUUCCGGCGGAGUGACCCCGUCGCGCUGUAUCACUCGUAUCAGAAAGACUGGAACAAAUUCAAGCUUCCCGGAGAGAACGAUCAUUCGGAGCUGCGCUGGAAGAUACGGACCAAGCUGCUGGGGGAGUGACGGAGAGAAAACAGACUGCUGAUGGAGAAUUCUAUUUCAUUAAUAAACUAUGCCACUUUUAUUUGUCGUGUUGAAA